AGUGUUCAGUAGGAAAAAGUCGACACUCCUGAGCAGAUAGUCGUGACUUCGUUCGGCAAGAGGUUGUCUAUAUCGCGCUCUCGUAUCCGCGAUUGUGCACGCUUUUUCACUUAAUUUUCAAAAAAAAACAACAACAGGAAUAUUUUUUCGUUAAAAAAAAUUUUAGACAAUAAUUCCUCUAGUGUUUUACACAUCGGCGGAUAAAAAAACAAAAAUUCUCUUUGCAAAUAUAUUAGAGAAUUUACAAUCUGAAAACCUGUCCUCUUGAGAAAACCAGUCCUUAAACGAAUAAAGAAUCUGUAUUUUCUUUUUCGAAAGAGGAAUUACUUGUGAAUUAUUGUAAUACUCUAACAAUAUACCAGUUCAAAAAAAAUUACUCUAAUAUACCAGUGAUACUUGUAGAGCAAAAUACCAGUAAUACACUAGAAAAAUACUAGCAAAAUACUAGUAUAUACCACUAGUACCCCAACAAUACCACCUACAAUACCUACCCAACAUAAUUUCUUUUCUAUUUUCUUUCCCUUUUUUUUUUAAACUAUAAAUAGUAAAAUCGAUUAAAUGUUAAAUGCAACAAAUAAAUAAAGUGUCUAUAGAAAAAGGAAAUGUGACAAGUUGAGUGUUUUGUGUGCCGAAGAAGUUGAAUGUUUGAAUCGAAAUACUUUGUCGUGGAGAGUGAAGAAGGAUAUCUUGAGACAGGAGAGGAGAAAAUACUUGUUUGAAACUUGUUUUGAACUUGAAUUGAUUCGAAGGAGUUAAACCACGACGAAUGUCAAUUCGUGUGAUGCAUCCACGUGCUUUUAGCACUACUUGAAUUCAUUUUAGGGUGGGAGUUGUGCCACAGUGUGUUUACGAUAUUUCACUCUUGGUUGAGAAGUUUUAUAGUUCACAUAUAUGUCCUCCUGAGAGCCAUUGAUCUGACAGUCAAGCGAGAAAGAGAUAUCCCUUUUUCUUAUAGCGUUCUCACGAUUGGCCAAGAGGAAAGGCGACCUUUUCUUUCUCUCUCUACCUUCUUAGCAUUUAACCUGUCCCUAUAUCAGGAGCGUACAAUUUCUCACUGAUGAAACGUUUCAUCAUUCUUUAACAAGUUUAACAUCUUUUAACAAUCUUUAACAUCUUUUAAAUCUUUUAACAACCUUUAACAUCUUACAACUCUACAAAUCCUUUAACAACCUUUCUCAAACUUUAAGAUCCUUUCACAAUCUUUAGCAUCCUUCAGCAUCCUGUUUUAACAUCGAAUUUCCCGAUUAGAAAAUAAUCCCAAAGAAACAUUGGGAACAUUUGGAAUGGUUCAAAUUCUGCCGAAAUUUGAAAUGUAAUUGAGUCAAAAUGCUCGAGCAGGAGGAUUCUCCAAAGCGGAGAUCGACAUUCUAUGUUUCACUUGAUGGAGAAUCGCGUCAAGGGACAAUAACAAUUUCCCCCAAUUCGGAGAAAUAUUGUAAUACAUUUCCAAUUGGUACGAGUACAAAAGUGGUGAAUAAUUUGACACGCACUUUGAGUAAUCAUGAUAAUCUGACAAGUAGUGAGAAGAUUGAGCCACGCGGUAAGGUGCAAUCGUUGACGAGAAUUUUCGAGACAUCGAAAGUGGAUGAUGGUUUGGAGCAACAGCAGCAGCAACAACAGAAAAAGAAGGUUGAGAGGACCAGGUCCUUUAAGACGAUAGAAAGAUUUCAGAGCCGGUUUACCGGUAAGAAAGAUGCUGCGAGAAAGGACAACAGACUGAAUAAUAGUUUAGGUUCCAUUGAUACUGAGAAUUGUAAUGAUGAUGCUAGACGUAAAAAUCGAAGUGACGAUCGUCAUCAGCAUCAGAAUCAGGAUGAUAAUGAGGAUGUUGAAAGGAGAACAACUGUGCCGAAGAUUAAAUCGAGAACUAGGGAAUCGAGAUCAAUUGUCGAGCAGAAAAUGUCAAAACAAUGUGGUGGGAAUAAUAGUACGACUUUCGCGAAUUUAAUAAGAAGGACGCAUAGUACAAAAUUGGCGAGGAGUACAAGUGCUUUGGUUAGAGCUGGGAGGCAGCAUACUCUUGAUGAUUCUGGUAAUCAUGAGGAUUUUUCGGGUGAUCAUGAAAAGGAUAGUCUCGAUGAUACCAUUGGGAGGAAUGAGUGUCCAGAUGGAUGUGUUUUUAAGGAGACUGAUGUCGAUGCCGGGAUUCAUUCAGAUACCUCGUAUGAAAAGGCUUGCAGAAGAGGAAGUGCACCAGCCACUCCUGUUCUGGGUGCAAGACCCCUCGACGUCACUCCCAAUCGAAUUGUCAACUUCUUCUCGAAAAGGUCGUUCCGAUCGAAUCCGUUGAAGAGGACAAAAAGCGUGACAAAACUGGAGAGACAGAAACAACGUGGUGCCGGUCUCCGUGGUUGUCGAUCGCACGAAUCUCUUCUAUGCGGUCAGGCCGUGACCUCGAUGGAUCUCGCCGCGGUCACACCGUUGCAUCCAAGUCUUCUUGGACGUCCCCAUUGUUUUCAGGUCACACCCAGCAAUGGUGGACCGAAAUAUUUCAGCUGCAGAACUGCCCACGAGCGAGAUCAAUGGCUUCAAAGUUUACGCAAAUCGGUCCAACCGGAUGCUGAGCAAACACGUCGCACGGACAAUUCACUGCAAAUUUGGUUAUUAGAGGCAAAAGGCGUGCCAGUGAAGAAACGAUAUUUUUGUGAAGUUUGUUUGGACAGUACAUUGUACGCAAGAACUACUGCAAAAUUAAAGGCAGAUCUUUGCUUUUGGGGAGAGCACUUCGACUUUCAUCACCUGCCAUCCGUUAACACCAUCCAGGUGAAUCUUUACCGUGAGGCCGACAGAAAAAAGAAGAGGGACAAAAACGUGUUGAUCGGGUCGGUGAGCAUUCCGGUUCAUAAUGUGACGUCCCGAUAUCUCACGGAAAAAUGGUACACGGUCGUCGGCGAGAAGGGACCACUGAAAGAGCCACCGGCACUUCGUGUCAAGUGUCGCUUUCAAUCGGUUGACAUUUUACCGGUUCAGGUUUACCAAGAAUUCCUCGAGUAUCUCAAGACUGAUUACGCGUCGCUUUGCGAAAAAUUGGAGCCAGUGAUUGGCGUCAAGGCCAAGGAGGACAUUGCCACCGCUUUGGUCGCUGUCAUGCAACGUGAAAAGAAGGCUCCCCAGUUUCUUGCCGAUCUUGUCAUGAUGGACAUUCACAGAAUAGACGACGAGAGGUUGACCUUCAGGGGCAACUCGUUGGCGACGAAAGCGAUGGAGGCUUAUUUAAAAUUGACGGGUGAUCGUUAUCUGCAAGAGACCUUGGGGGCAGUGGUGCGUGGCGCCGUUGAAGGUGGUGAUUGUGAGGUGGAUCCGAUGAAGGUCGCCUCGGUAGCUGCACUUCACAAACAACAGCAAAAUCUUCGCGCUGCCGUCGAACUCGCCUGGAGCCGGAUACUCACCAGUCACGCCCAUUUUCCACUCGAAUUGCGUGAAUGUUUCCGAAUAUUUCGCGAGAGAUUGGCGGAAAUGGGCCGCGAAGAUAUCGCCGAUAAUCUUAUUUCCGCAUCAAUUUUCCUCCGAUUCCUCUGUCCGGCGAUUCUCAGUCCGUCUCUCUUCAAUAUUACUCACGAAUAUCCGAACGAGAAGGCGGCGAGGAAUUUAACGCUAGUCGCUAAGACUCUACAAACUCUGGCCAAUUUCACGAGAUUCCAAGGAAAGGAGAACUUUAUGGAAUUUAUGAACGAUGUUCUGGAACGAGAGGCACCUUCAAUGAAAGACUUCCUGCAACUGAUCAGCAGUCCACUUUUGAAAGAAACGUCGGCCAACAAUUCGCUGGAAUUCGACGGCUACAUAGACCUUGGAAAGCAACUUUCGCUGCUGCACGCGCUUCUUCGAGAGAGUGUGGCCGCGACAGCGUCAACGUCUCCCUCCUCGCCUCCAUCGCGACUCCCCGAAAUACUGGACAAAAUCUCAGCGGCUCUCGAUCAACCGGGACCAAGUCCAAUAUCCACCCUCCAUCGCUAUCCGAAUCUCCAGAACAAUAUAUUUCGCUUCAACGAUCCAACAAUCACCAACAGCAAUUCAAAUCUCUCAAUUUCCGCCACAUCAACUUUGAGCAAUCACAGCACCCUCAAUGGCACCAUUCGCGACAGUAACGAAGUCCUCCAAACAAAUACCCUAGGACACAAUAACACCAGGAGUCCAAACGUCGUCCGCGCCGCGACACUGCCACGUAACGCCUACCUCCCCACCAACGGCAAACUCCAGCUGCAAAUCAACACCGACGACUAUCCCCUAGAACCGCCAGCCUUCGUCUCAAGAUCACCAACGCCAAUCGUCCGCCAACACAGGCCCGUCAUCAACAAUCGCACCGGCGUUGGCUAUCGACUCACAGCCAGCGCAAGUCUAGCCAACGUGAAUCACUGCCAAACCCACCCAACAAGUCCCACACGAUCCGAGAGUCACAGCAAUCUCAAGGACUCCAACUACAACAUCAACAUCCACGGCAACCAAGUGAAUCAACAUCUCCGCCACAACAUCACAAGGCUACAGAAUCUCGACAUUCACGAUUCACGAACCGACGACACCUACAAUCACAACUACAAUAUUUCCAAAUCGUCGAAUCGUAAUCAUUUCCACAAGGAGGAGAACGCGAAUCAAACCCAACAGCAAAAUUACAACAAUGUCUCGAAAACGACAGUGAACGCAAAUCCAACGACAAAUCUCACCCUCUCGAUUAAUCAUCACCUACCCAAUAAUAAUUACACCAAAACAAAUACAACAACAAAUGGAAAUCUCGACGAUCUCUCCGAUUUAUUACGCUACGCCGACGACGAGGUCUCCGAAUCAAAGUCCCAAAAAGGCUCGCAAAUAUCCAUUUCACAAUUGAGUAAUGUCGCCUCAUCGGGUUAUCAGAGUUUCGCCGCCUAUAGUCAAAGUUCAAGUCCAGUGGAAUUGAGUAGCAAUAAUGCGAAUACUCAUAUCAUAAGUGCGGCGCCGCUUGCAUUUGCAAAUCCAGUUUAUCAUAUGGAAUCGAGUCGGAGUGGUCGUCGUGGAAGUAGCAGUUCCGAGGAGAGAGAGAGGGGCGUUGGUAUUGAGACGGUUCGCGGUGUUGAUUUGAGUCCAUCGCCGCCACCGCAGCAAAAUUCGAGGAAUGUCAUUCAGAGGAAUGGACAGAAUCAAUGGCGGCAGAAUAAUACGGGACAUCGUACGAAUGUUGAGCAAACGCAAAAUUGUUGCACUAAAUUGAGACGACGUUUGUCACUCGAUUCGACGAGGGAUUUGUCCGAUACAAGUGAGGAGGAGAAUUGCGCCACGAGGAGGAGUAAAUCGCGCAGUCAUCGCAGUAUCGAUCAGGUAGAUCAGUACGAGGUGGAAAUUGAAAGGCUACAGAGCAACGUGGAUCGUUUGCGAGCGCGAUUAGCCGCCACUGAUGAUACGGAAUUAGAUGGCAUUGGUCCCGAUACAAAAAUGAAGAGCAUCAUCUCCAGGUUAAUCUCUGUGGAGGAGGAACUACGUCGCGAACAACAGAAGAUGUCGGCGGCAUUGUCGUACAAGCAGCGCGUGAUCGACGCGCAGGAACAGCAAAUAGCUGCCCUGGAUGCGGCAAACAAUCGCCUUAUGUCGUCGAAUACAAGACUGUUGUCCGCAUUAACCUCCCUCAAGCAACGCUACAAUACCAAGGCCCAGCCCAAUAAUGAAGCAGCGUCACUUCUUCAAAAUAUCGCCGAUAUCGGCGAAUUAAAAAGCUCCUCAUGUUGAGCUUUUCACGAGAAGAAGAAAACGACGAAAAAAAAUAGCUCUCGAUUCUUGUAGAAUUUUCCAAAUAUUUUAUUAAUUUUCACUUUUUUUCUCAUAUCUGGAGAACGAUAUUUUUUCUCCAGUCUUUUUUUUUUUGUAUAAAUUAUGUUAAAAAAAACGUUUGUUAACUAGGUUUAUAGAACCUAGAAAUUAGAACUUACGUUCUUUCGUUCUGGGAAUGAUUAUAGAAAAAGAAAUUGUCUCAUUUUAUAUACACUUUUUAAAAAAUUAUUUAUUCCAAGGGGAUUUUUUUUUCCCGAAAAAGAAUUUUUUUUUGUUUUUAUCUUGAAUUUUGGCAACACAAUGAGACAAUUAUUGUUUUAAUGUUAAUUCAAUUUUUAUUGAAUUUUAUUUUUAAUUUUUUUUUUAUAUCGCCGACGUGUUUAAGCCUCGACAAUUUUUAGAGGCUACCUGUGAAAUUAUAAACAAUAGGUAGAAACGAUUUUUGUCAAUUAGAGUUAGGCACAUACGACUUUUUGAGAUUUUUUGCGACCGUCCUUUGAGUGACACAAUUCGUUCUACGUAAACUUGUUGUCGCGAUUAAUACAAGUGAACAAAUGAUCUGUUGGAACAAAAUUUGCUUUUAAUUACAAAAAAAAGAAAUUUAGUCAAAUUUUGAUAAAAAGAAAGGAAAUUUUUUUUCUUUUUUGGAAAAUUUCAUUUAUCCAGCUAAGAAUUAUAUAUUAUAUAGUCAGUGAAAGAAUGUUUUGUUGUAUAUAAAUAUAUUUAGCACCUAUAACGCACAAUAUUUCAAUAUUAUUAUGUCGUUGAAUCUCCGUAAUAUAAACAUGUAAAACUUAAUACUCAAAAGAAUUUUCCAUGAUUUAGCAAAGCAAAUGUAUUAAAUUUUUAUUUUUCUUUCUUAUUAAAAAAAAAAGCGAAAUUAUAGAGAGAGAAGAUUCGACUCGGAAUUUAGGGACAAAACAAAUGAAAAUAAUCGUCUCGAUCAAAGCGAAUAUACUCUAAAUGCGAUAAAAAUAUUUAUUUCGUAGUUGUUACCAAAGAUAAAAGAGAAUUCUUCCUUGUAGAUUUAGCAGAAUUUUUCCCUUUAUUUAUCGAUAAUUUUAUACAAAAUUUGUAAACAUUUAAUUUAAAUUAGGAUUUAAAUUAAAUUACGAUUGAAUCGAAAUUGAGAUUAGAUUCAAAUUAAAUCCUUAGGAUUAAAUUAAAAUUCAAUGUUUUAAUUUAAUUUAAAAAUAUUUAAUAUUUGAAUUUAAUCGUCUAUUUUCAAAUUUUGAAUGGGUAAAAAUUUUGCUAAAUUUUCUCUAUAGAAUUGUAAGGAAAAAAAAGUCGUGUAAGAUAUUUCACUGCCUGUGUCAUUUUUCAAUUUCAUCGGACAACUUUUUUAAAGAAUUCUUUAUUAUUGUAUUAUUAUAAUAUUAUAAUUAAAAAAUAUUAAAAUAUUAUAUUAAUAAUAAUAGUAAUAAUAAUAAUAAUAAAUAGAAUAUUAUAAAUAAAAUAAUAUUAAAAUAUUGCAAAAAAAGAAAAAUUAUUACUAAAGAAUUCUUUAAAGAGUUUCUUUUCAUUUACACAAGUUUUUUUGAAUGUCUUUCUUCUUUUUAUUUUGGAAAAUAGAAGAAAAAAGAAAAUAAGGCAUAAUUGUAAAUGAAAAGUUUUCAUUAACCGGCAAAAAAUAUUCUUUUUUUGCCGAACACAGUGCGCGUACCGCAUGACAUUUAGCGUUUAAUCGUUUCAAAUGCUGUUUUCUGUUUCUUUUUUGUUUAUGCAGCAAAAUUGUUAUAAGAUUUUUUUUUAGUGUAUGGUAGCGAUUAUCGUACAAGACGUGAAUCUCGCAAGUGUCUGUGAGUGUUUGUCGAAUAAAUGAGAGGGGAAACAUGAAAAUAAGAGAAACGAUGAAUGAAUGAUUUUUGUAGUGUGUAAUAUCCUCCCCUUAAAAUUAAUAAAAAAAAAAAAAAGAAAAAAGAAAAGUAUUAUCUUGACGACUUGUACAAUAGGAUGUGUUAAAUUUCUAAGGAAAUUUUCAUCGAUAGUGUUUUUUCUGUUACAGAUUAUUCUUGUAUAGUAGAAAUUACCAAGUCCUUCCCCUCUUUUUGUACUUUUGUCACGCAAUAAUAUCCUUUGCGUUUGAAUAAUUCAAAUGCAAAGUGCGUUAUGAGAAAAUUAAUAUAUAAUAAUGCCACCAAUCAUCGGAAGAUGUAAUCGAUUAAGAUAAAUAUUCUAUUUAAAAAAAAAGAUCAAUCAAUAGUAUGUACAUUAAUAAGUUUCCUAUAUUCUUUCUCUGUAAUAGAAAUCCUGUAUUUAAGCGUAUAGCAAUUACUAGUUCAUCUUGAACAAAUAAAUAUAAUUACAAAAAACCUUA